CUCGAUUUCGACUUACCGCACUGUAUCCAUCUUCGACCUCAACAGCCGGAUCCAGCCAAGAUGACGAAGCGCACUAAGAAGGUCGGCAUCACCGGUAAAUAUGGUACCAGAUACGGUGCCUCCCUGCGUAAGCAGGUGAAGAAGAUGGAAGUGUCCCAGCACGCCCGUUACAUCUGCACCUUCUGCGGAAAGAACACCGUCAAGCGCCAGGCUGUUGGUAUCUGGGAGUGCAAGGGCUGCAAGAAGACCGUUGCCGGUGGUGCCUACACCGUCUCGACCCCCGCCGCCGCUGCCACCCGCUCCACCAUCCGCCGUCUCAGAGAAAUCGCGGAGGUUUAAAUGUGAUGAUGGGAUUUCCUUUUCUUUACGUUUGAAAUAAAAAAAUGACAAAUUAAGAUCUGGAAAACACUUCCAUGAGCGCUCUUAUCGUGUCCGAAACGUCGUUUACUCCGAUGUUGUUAGCACCGGUCUCGUUGUCGAUUUUAAGAUUACCCCCCGCUAGAUAUCUCCUAAAUAUGCGAAUCGGUGAUACCAAGUCAUUGAUGGCUUCAACUUAAUUCUCGAGUCACACCCUCCGCAUUAUGCCCAACUCUGCAUUGUCCCCUCGUAUGAUUGCUGGUUCCUCACAUUUUCGAGUGGGGGUCGAGCGAGAACUCGUGAUCAUGCCUUCAGACGGAAACUUAGCGGCCCGCAUGUGAGGCGCCUUAAGCUUUGGAGAAUUGUCUCGAUCGGCGAU